UGGACACCAUGAGAUUCCACUAACUCAUGUGUAUAUAAACAUUAGAGAAUCAGUCCAUUCACUUCAGCAUCCACACACUUUGAAUGCUCAAUCAAAGCUUCUUCAUAGUUAACCUUCCUCGCAACGUCAGAAAUCGAGAAGAUGAAAGAGAGAGAUUCAGAGAGUUUUGAAUCUCUCUCUCAAGUUCUCCCAAACACUUCAAAUCCGGUACACAUGAUCCAGAUGGCCAUGGCCAACUCAGGUUCAUCUGCAGCCGCACCUGCCGGUCAAGACCAACUUGAUCGGUCAAAGUGGUUGCUUGACUGUCCUGAACCACCUAGCCCGUGGCAUGAGCUCAAGAGCCAAGUCAAAGGCUCUUUCCUAAGCAAAGCCAAAAAGUUCGAGUCACUCCGAAAACAGCCUCUCCCAAAACGCAUCCUCACUAUCCUUCAAGCCGUUUUCCCAAUCUUUGGUUGGUGUAGAAACUAUAAACUCACCAUGUUCAAGAACGAUCUCAUGGCUGGUUUAACCCUCGCUAGCCUCUGCAUUCCCCAGAGCAUUGGUUAUGCAACUCUCGCAAAGCUUGAUCCUCAAUAUGGCCUAUGUCAAGGGAAGAAGAACAAAAAACUGUUUUGGCUACCGGCAAUAGCUCCGUUGAUCUCCGUCGUAGUGUCAACGUUAAUGGUCUUUCUCACAAAAGCCGACGAGCAUGGCGUGAAGACGGUGAGGCACAUCAAAGGAGGUCUUAAUCCAAUCUCCAUUCACGAUCUUGAGUUUAAUACUCCUCAUCUCGGACAAAUCGCUAAAAUCGCAUUAAUCAUUGCCCUUGUUGCUCUAACCGAGGCGAUUGCGGUGGGAAGGUCGUUCGCCGGAAUUAAAGGGUAUAGACUCGAUGGAAACAAAGAAAUGGUGGCCAUUGGAUUUAUGAAUGUUCUUGGUUCCUUCACAUCUUGUUAUGCUGCUACUGGUUCUUUCUCUCGGACGGCGGUGAACUUCGCCGCCGGGUGUGAGACGGCGAUGUCGAACAUCGUAAUGGCGGUUACAGUUUUUGUAGCACUCGAGUGCUUAACGAGGCUUCUCUACUAUACUCCGAUCGCGAUCCUCGCCUCCAUAAUCCUUUCAGCACUGCCAGGACUAAUCGAUAUUAAAGAAGCUAUUCACAUUUGGAAAAUCGAUAAAUUUGACUUUCUUGCUCUCAUUGGCGCUUUCUUUGGCGUUUUAUUUGUGUCUGUCGAAAUCGGACUCCUCGUUGCGGUGGUUAUUUCGUUUGCCAAGAUCAUACUCAUAUCGAUCCGACCAGGGAUAGAAACGCUCGGGAGAAUGCCGGGGACCGACAUUUUUGCAGAUACCGAGCAAUAUCCUAUGUCGGUUAAGACUCCGGGUGUGUUGAUUUUCCGAGUCAAGUCUGCAUUGUUGUGCUUUGCUAAUGCCAGUUUCAUCCAAGAAAGGAUUAGGGAAUGGAUCAAUGAGGAAGAAGAAGAUGAUGAAAACACAAAGAGCAACGCUAAGAGAAAGAUCCUCUUUGUAGUCCUUGAUAUGUCAAAUUUAAUAAACGUUGAUACAUCGGGGAUUACGGCCUUGGUGGAGCUCCAUAACAAUCUAAGCCAAAAUGGUGUUGAGCUAGUGAUCGUUAACCCGAAAUGGCAAGUGAUCCACAAGCUAAAUCAAGCAAAGUUCGUCAACAAGAUCGGUGGCAAAGUCUACUUGACAAUUGGAGAAGCUCUCGAUGCUUGCUUUGGAUUAAAAGUUUAAGAAGUAUCUGAUCAACAUGCGUGUUUUACAGAUUGUUGCAUGUCAAUUUUAUGUGAGUUUUCGUAAUCUAAAUGCGAUUUGUGUGCAUGAUGCCUAUAUGUAUAAUUAUGAAGUACGUAUGUGUAAUGUAGAGUGCCUUGGUACGUACGUAAGCUCGGUUGUGAUUAAAUAAAGUCAUGCAAUCUGUAGUAUGACGAUCGAUGUGUGUGUUACUAUAUAUGGAAGUAAUGUUUAUAUAUGUAAGUUUGAGAAAUAUUGGUGUUUGAAAUGUUAUUCUGCAAAGUCCGGCGCUUAUUAAAA